AUGGCCCAUACUUCUCCCUACCCCGAUGUGGUUCUUCCACAGACCGAUCUGUGGAGCUAUCUCUAUGAGCGCCCGGAUGUCCCGUUCGGCCCCGACCAUGAGCUCUUGGUUGAGAGCGAAACCGGGCGAUCCUAUACCUUCGCCCAAAUCAAAGCUCAGAGCGCCGAGUUCGGCAAGGGCCUCAAGAGCCAAUGGAAUUGGAACAAGGGAGAUGUUCUUGCUCUGUACACGCCGAAUUCCAUCGACGUGCCCGUCCUCAUGCUCGGCACUCUCUGGGCAGGCGGCAUCGUCUCCCCCGCAAACCCUCUGUACACCGUCGGUGAGCUGACCCAUCAGCUGAAAGAUGCCGGUGCGUCCGCCAUCGCCACCCAGCUUCCUAUGCUGCCUAUCGCUCGCCAGGCCGCUGCGAAUGCUGGCAUCCCGGAGAGCCGCAUCAUCCUCCUCGGGGAUAAGCGUGAUGAGACCGGGAAGGUUAGGCACUGGACGGAGAUCACGAACCAGAAUCGCAUCUUUACGCCGAAGAAGACCAAAGUAGACCACACAAAGGACAUUGCCUUUAUCGUGUAUAGCUCGGGAACUACAGGUCUACCCAAAGGGGUCUUGUUGACUCAUCACAAUGUCGUCGCGAACAUGGCGCAGAUAAGGAACUUCGACUUCAAGUACCUCAACUGGGAUAAGGAUGUUCAGCUUGGCGUGCUGCCGUUCUUCCAUAUCUAUGGUCUUGCCAUCAUUGUUCUAGGCGGUAUGAACGCCGGCGUCAAGACCGUCGUCAUGCCCAAGUUCGACUUAGAGAGGUUCUGCCAGCUUGUCCAAGAACACCAAGUAUCGGUCACCUACGUGCCGCCACCAAUCGUCCUUGCUCUCGCCAAACACCCCGUCGUAUCGAAGUACGACCUUACCUCACUAAGGUUCCUCAACUCGGCCGCCGCGGCGUUGACUAAGGAGCUUGUUGAGGAGGUUUGGCAGCGACUUAAGAUCCCUGUCAAGCAAGGGUAUGGCCUUUCCGAGACGGGCCCGGCCGCCAUUGUUCAGAUGCUCGAUGAAUUCGGCAAGUUUGUCGGGUCCAUUGGAAAGCUUCUUCCCAAUAUGACGGCGAAGAUUAUUGAUGCCGAUGGCAAGGAAGUCACAAAGGAUGGUGAGGUUGGAGAACUACUCCUUAAGGGCCCUAACGUAUUCGGUGGCUACCUCAACCGGCCAGAAGAAAACAAGGGAGCAUUUACCGAGGAUGGAUAUUUCAGGACCGGCGAUGUCGUCUACCGCGAUAGCAGGGGCAACUAUUACAUAACCGACAGGGUCAAGGAGUUGAUCAAGUUCAACGGCUUCCAGGUUGCCCCCGCAGAGCUUGAGGGCAUGCUCCUCGGUCGAGAGGACAUCAUCGACGCUUGCGUAAUCGGCGUCUGGGAUACACAGCGACAGACCGAAGUCCCAAGAGCAUACGUCGUGAUGAGGCCGGGCAUCACGAAGGACGAUGCUCUCGCCGAGGAGAUCAUCGAGUGGCUCGCUAAGCAGACGGCGCCGCACAAGAAGUUGAGAGGAGGAGUUCGGUUUAUCGAUGUCGUUCCUAAAUCGGCGGCCGGCAAGAUUCUCCGAAGGGUCUUGAAGGAUCAGGCGAAGCAGGAAGAGCAGGCUGCUAAGGCUAAGUUGUAA